AUGUGGGAAGAAAUCAAUAGCAUUGAAAAAGCCCUAGUAUUCAAACAGCUUGUUCUUUACAUCAUCGCAGAUGAUGAUAAGGCAGACAGUGACAUUGGCAAGUCAAAAAGAAAGAGUGAAUGUGGUUUAUUCUUGAAUGCUGAUGGCACAUUGAGUACCGCGCCUUCUGAACUUGAGGAUACAAUCCUUGUCUACAAGAUAGACAUCCGCUCCAAGAAGCUCUCCAUGGCUGUUUCAUUCAUAGUCUUCUAGCAUUUGUCUGCACUCAUCAAUUUUGACGCACUUCUCAAGGUCAAUCAUGACAAACAAGGAGAAGGGAUGAGUUUAGCUUUCUUCUGCGACCUUGCCGAAUACAUAAAAAAUGAAACGCGCUGCAAACUCAAUAGUGGUUCUUACUUUGUUGUCCACCAAGUCAAAGCUCUUAAGUCACAUGCUUUCUAUGAGAAGCUUAGGCUCGUUGCUGCUCCUUUGACCAUGUAGUCAUGGAAAAUGGAAGAUCUGGCUCAAGCCAAGAAAAAUGCCUGCAAGGAAGAGGUCAAGAGUGAAGAUGAUGUUGAGGAAGGGAAUCCUCAAAUCGAACCAGAGUCCUUAAUCACCACAAAGUCAAUGAGUCGUCGUGAUAAGCACUGUUACUUUGAGACAUGUGGUGGUAAACUAAUUACUGGUCUAAACAGGGCCCGUCAUUUGAAAAAUUUCAAGUUAGAUGGCAUUGAUAAAAGCCUAUAUUCUCUCUACAAAAGCAAUAUGUCUAAAUGUGAUAUCUGUAUCAGAUUGAAAGAAGUUGAAAGACCUGUAAUGAAAAAGACCAAGAACAAGAUGGCUUUCUAUAUUUGCAGCAUAUACAUCCACCCAGCUAUAGGAAUGACAAAGCAAAAAGUGUUUGAAAUAUAGGAGGAUGAUCUGACCUUCUACAGGAAUGAAAAGGAUGUGUUAUCUAAGCAUUAGACUCUCAGCAGAAACCUAACCUCAAUGCUUCCUCUAUUUCUCAUUGAUAAUGCCAAAUCUUAAGGCAAUACCAACAGUUUUAUAUCACAAGAGGAAUCUGGUCUCAUUACUCUCUCUAACAUCCUUUAGAUGGUUAGUAUAUCCAAGGAAGAUAUACUAAUCAUAAGCAAAGAUGUGCUCAGGGUUUCUUUCUUGUUUGUGAAUAUCUACCCAUACCAGGUAGGACUAAUUGCUACUGUAUUCAUCCUUGGUUAAUCUUGCUGGUAGAGUGCCGUAAAUGCACUAAAUAUAAAACAAGAGAAUAGUGAUCUCCUCUGGAAUAAUUCUCUUCUUAUAUUGACCACUGCAUAUGACAGUCGCACUGCUAAGUGGUACAAAUAAUACUGGAAGUAUAGCACAGAUCAACAGAUAGACUUAUGCAAAUACUUUAAAUCAAUCGGGCAUUCCUAAAUGAGCUGCAGAAUUUAUAUGGCGUACUCAAAGAAAUUAAAGGAGGAUAUCACACAAAGUGAAGACUGCAUGCUUGCUGUGGCUAUUGAUAUGAUAUAUCUGCUUAGUGGAUUGUCUGAAAUAAUCAACAUUGUGUUCCCUAAGGAGCAUCUAAUGAACAGAGAUAUGACAGAAUUCGAGCUUCUUAUUACCCUUUCCUCAAUGGCUGAGGAUAAAGUCAGAUAUCGUGCUAUUAUCGAUGACUUUAUACCUGAGAAGAACUCACUUAUCAUCGUUGAUGAAGUUGAUAUCUUCUUGCUUGAUGAUCUAUGUAAAUUCAAAGCUGUUAUCGUUGCUAAUGCAUUCAUAGGUCUUACUGAAACUACUGCCAACACUCGAAGAAGCUUCGACAACAGAAGUAAUAUGUUGCCUAUAACUCUUGAUAUCGCAUAAAGCUUUCUGAUUAAGGGAGGUGCAGUAUAGGCAUUCAAUAGAGUUGGCAGGUUACUUGCUAAGCCAGAUGCUGUGAAACUUCAGAAGAUAGUGGUUAAGAAAGCAACUAAUAAAUAUAAGGGAAAGAGUCUAUUGAGAGAGAAUAAGUUACUUGGGUAAGGAGCCCGUAAGAGACAACAACAAGCACUUUGA